ACGAUGACCAUUUUACCCAAACCCUCAAUUGAUAAGAAGGGCAAUUUCAAAUUGCCAUUGCCCCUAGGCCUUGGGUCAUUUGGUAAAGAUCAUAUGGAGAAAUCCUUGUUGGGGAAACAAGCAUAUAUUCCACAAGGCGCCAGUGAUGUUGAAUCCGUAAACUAUAAUCAACAUCCAAACACAGCAUUCAGCUGCAUUAAGAAUGGCCUAACCGUCCUGCUAAUAUUGGUAACAAUUCUAUUGGGCAUCUUUGGCGGUUAUAUUAUUUAUCGUUCGUUUGGUAAUCCCGAUAAUGCAACAAAAUACCAUUAUCGCACCCUUUGCGAUGUUCCCUACGAAGCUGCGAACAGCGAUAAGUUAUUUGCACCACGUUUCUAUCAACAAUCCGAUGAUAUGGAUUUAAAUUUAAAUUGGCUUCUGCCCCAUUUGAGCGGUAAUCGUAUUGUCCCACUGGACGAUAGUAACUUCUUCCGUGAAGAAAUCGAAAUCGAUAUGAGUGACGAUGAGAGUUAUACGAAAAUUAAUGUACCCGAUUUUAAAGAUGGUCGUCACGGACGUUUUAUGCAUGAUUUCAAGGAGAAUCAAUCGGCCAUCAUUGAUGCCACCGCCAAACGUUGUUUCAUCAUGCCAUUGGAUCGUAAUACCACCUUACCGCCAAAGAGUUUCAUCGAUUUAAUGGAGAAAAUGGGUUCGGGAUAUUAUAAUAUCGAUACAGAUCGUGUUCGUCGCAAUAUGAGAGUGGUCAUCCCACCCAUAACAGAUUUGACAUUAAUAUCGGAACGAAUUGCCAAUGAAUGCUAUGACAUGAAGGUGUAUAUGUUGGAGAAUUAUGUUUCGGGUGUUUUCAAACGUGAGGCAAAACCAAUCUCAUCGAAUGGCAAAUUUGCCGAAUAUUCGGGUAAGGGUGUGGUAGAAUUUGAUCUCAUUAAUAUUGCCGAUAUUGAAGAAUACGAACGACAACAUCCGAAAUAAGGAUAAUUAUUUUGAAACAAAUCAAGUCGUCGUCGUUAUCAAUUAUCAACAACAACAUAUG